AUGCUUCCGACCCACGCUUCCACCUCCCGCUCUUCCUCUGCUCGGGAUACUACCCCCAAGGCCCCAUCCCAGCCAUUACCACGCCAUGGAAAGCAACAGAAGCUGAUCUUGGAAACAUCAUUUGUCGUCGACACCGUCUUCCAAAGCCUCCAAGCAACCAAGUGGGCAGUCAAAGAAUGCAGACGACACGGCCUCACCACCCUGUUCCAGCCAGUCAGCCCUGUUGCUUAUGAAGGGCUGGUUCCUAGCACAGAGAUUGACAAAACCCCUCCCAAGUUCUUCACACAUUGGGAUCCAGACUUUAAAAUUUUUAUGUUGCAAUUAUAUUUUAAAAUCAAGCCACUAGAGGCAAACAAACCUCAACCUGCCACUGCAGCCAACGGCACAGCGGCCCCUAGUGUCCCACCAAGGCCUUUGCCACCACCACCCCAAGGUCCAUCCCCACCACUUCCUCCAAUGCAAGGAAGGCCACCUGGUGCACCUCUUGGAAAUCCUCCUAGAGCCCCUCCUCAAAUGCCCGCUUCAUUCCCACGACCACCUCCUACAGCAAAUGGCCUUAGGCCCAUGCCUCCUAGUGGGACUCCACCUGUCCCUCCCCCACCUUUUGUUGGUAGCGGCAUGAUGGCGAAUUUCACUCCUGGUACUAGGCCUCCAAUGCCUCCCUCACAUGGUUUUCAAGCCCAACAGAUGCAAGGCUAG